GCAGUGAAGUAAUGGAGGAGCGUCGUUCCAGCUCGGAGCGACAAUCUUUGUUUUUUUUCUGACUGAAAGCAGGUGAUUACCGGAAAAGAAACACCGUCAACUGAACAUCUGGAGCCGCGUGAGUCCCGCGCGUGCCUCUGACAGGUGUUCGUCUGGAAGAGAAAGACCGGAGAAUGGCGGGGUUUAUGUGCUGCUAGCAGCUAACUGCUAACAGCUGGCAUUUCUCUCCAGUCAGCUGAUCAAUAAUCUUUAUUUCAUCUCCUAAAACACGAAUUCAGCUCUCCUAUUGCGUUUAUUUACAGAAACGGAUGUUUAUUUACUCUAAAAGUGGAGGUUUGCCGCUUUGUUGUUAGCAUGGAGGCUAACUGUUAACUUCAGGAAGUGUACAACAUAGAAGCGGAUAGAUGUAGAGAACAUAGAGUGAAUGUAGCUGUGUAGACGUGUUGCGGCUCCGGCUGAUUUCUGUUUCCGGUCAGUCCGCGGAGGUCAAAGGUCAAGCAUCCCAAGAUGACCUCCGCCACCCGGGUCCGCGCCGAGUCCUCCAGGGUCAUGACCUUUCACCCUUCCAGAGAGGAGUUCAGAGACUUCGGGCGCUACGUGGCCUUCAUGGAGUCUCAGGGAGCGCACCGGGCCGGGAUGGCCAGGGUGGUCCCUCCCAAAGGGUGGUCGCCGCGGCGUUGCUACGACGACGUGGAGGCGCUGUCCAUCCCGGCGCCGCUGCAGCAGGUGGUGACGGGUCAGGCGGGACUCUUCACGCUGUUCAACAUCCAGAAGAAGCCGCUGACGGUCCAGGAGUUCCGGAAGACGUCCGGCCUGGACAAGUUCCGCGGUCCCAGCUGUCUGGAUGCGGAGGAACUGGAGAGGAAGUUCUGGAAGACCCUGACCUUCGACCCCCCGCUGUACGGCGCCGACGUCAGCGGAACGCUCUACGACCCCGACGUGACGGAGUGGAACGUGGGCCGGCUGGACUCCAUCCUGGACGCGGCGGAGGACCGGGCGACGGCGCCGCUUCUCAACUUCGGCAUGUGGAAGAGCGCCGCCGCCUGGCACACCGAGGACAUGGACCUGUACGGCAUCAGCUACCUGCACUUCGGAGAGCCCAGAACCUGGUACGCCGUUCCGCCGGAACACGGCAAGAGACUGGAACGACUGGCCAAGGGCUUCUUUCCAGGGAACGCUCAGAGCUGCGCCGCGUUCCUCCGCCACCGGAUGACGCUCAUCUCGCCGCGGGUGCUGAGGAAGUACGGCGUCGCCGUGGAGACGGCCACCCAGGAGGCGGGGCAGUUCGUGGUCACCUUCCCCUUCUGCUACCACGCCGGGUUCAACCACGGCUUCAACGUCGCCGAGUCGGCCAACUUCGCCACGCGGCGGUGGAUCGACUACGGGAAGCGGGCGGCGCUGUGUUCCUGCCGUCAGGACGGGGCCCACAUCUCCAUGGACGUCUUCGUCCGGAGGUUCCAGCCAGAACGCUACGAGCGCUGGAGGGCCGGGAAGGACCUGGCGCCCGUCGACCACUCCGGACCGGCGCCAGAGGCCGCCCACGUCCCGAGAGGAGGGGCGGGGGCGGGGCCAGGGCCGGACCCUCCACCUCGACAGGACCUGGACGAGGAAGAGGGGGCGGAGCCAAGCAAGACCAGUAUGUCCAGAAAAGAGUCCCAGGACAAAGACGGCGCCGCGGUGAAACCGUCCUCCACCCGAACCAAGAAGACGUCCAGCAGGCGGAGGAGUCCUUCCAAGAAGGCGCCAGCCCCGGCCCCGGCCACGGCCCCCCCCGAGGAGGCGGAGCCCGGCGCCGACCCUGCCGCCGCCACGCUGUUCCAGAGGACGCUGAGUCCCGCCGACGUCCUGCACGUCCACAGCUACGCCAAGGGAGACUACGAGGACGACGGUGCGGGCGCCGGCCAGCAGGGGGCGGCGGAGCCGGAGCCCGAUGUGGGGGGGCCGCCUCUGGUGAAGGAGCAGAGUCACGACGGGGAUCAAGGUUGCCAUGAGGAGCCCCCCCUCGUGGAGCCGGGCGGCCUGCAGGGGGAGCCGUGGGCCAAACCUCUGGCCCACCUCUGGCAGAACAACCCCCCCAGCCUGAAGAAGGAGCGCGAGUACAACCGCCGAGCCGGCUCCACGCCGCCGUACUGCUCCGUCUGCUCGCUGUUCUCCUCCCAGUGCAGCCAGGCGGCGCCUCUGGCCCCCCCGCCGGCCCGGACCAAACCGCUGAUCCCCGAGUCCUGCUUCAGCACCACCACCGAAGAAGACUCCCGGAGGCCGCCGCCGCCCGCCGCCGACGGCACCAGCGCCCUGCUCAGCUGCUCACGGUGUAGCGUCCGCGUGCAUGCCUCGUGCUACGGCGUGGAUCCCUCCAGCGUAGGCCAGGAGUGGGAGUGUUCACGCUGUAAGGCCGACGCUGUGGCGGAGAGCUGUUGCUUGUGUGCGUUGAGGGGCGGAGCCUUACAGGAAACCACCAACAACAAGUGGGUCCAUGUGUUGUGCGCGGUCGCGGUGUUGGAGGCUCGUUUCGUCAACGUCACCGAGAGACGUCCGGUUGACCUGAGUGGGAUUCCUCUGCAGAGAUUCAAGCUGAAGUGCUACUACUGUAAGAAACGGCUGAAGAAGGCGUCCGGCUGUUGCGUCCAGUGCUCCCACGGCCGCUGCCCCACCGCCUACCACCCCACCUGCGCCCAGGCGGCCGGCGUCCUCCUCCAGCCGGACGAGUGGCCGUUCGUGGUGCACGUCACCUGCUGCCGACACAAAGGCCCCGCCCCCGUGGAGCGCGACAAAGCCGCCAUGCUGGAGCUGGCCGUGGGUCAAAAGGUCAUCUGCAAGCACAAGAACGGGCGGUACUACCAGUGCGACGUGGUGCGGCCGUCCCGGGAGACCUUCUACGAGGUCAACUUCGACGACGGCUCCUUCAGCGACAACCUGUUCCCCGAGGACAUCGUGAGUCGGGACUGCGCGCGGCUCGGCCCGCCGCCGCCGGGCGACGUGGUGCAGGUGCGGUGGACCGACGGCCUGGUGUACGGCGCCAAGUUCGUCUCCGCCCACGUCAUCCAGAUGUACCUGGUGGAGUUCGAGGACGGCUCGCAGCUGACGGCCAAGAGAGACGACGUCUACACCCUGGAGGAGGAGCUGCCCAAGAGGGUCAAGUCGCGGCUGUCCAAGGCGUCCGACAUGAGAUUCGACGGGAUCUUCGAGGAGAAGGAGAUCAUCCGGGAGUCCAAGAGGCAGCGGGUGAUCAACUCCCGUUACCGCGGCGACUACAUCGAGCCGGUCAUCUACCGCGCCAUCAUGGAGUGAAGCAACAAGAACUCCCGUUUCCGUGACAACCGUUCAGUUCUUGUUGGAAAAAAAAGUUACACUGCUUUAUUCAUACUGUUAUUCUGUUUUGUUUUGGGUUUUUUUUUUUUUUUUGGGGGGGGGGGGGUGUCAUGGAAACGGGAUCUUUUAGCAUAAUUUCAGUUCCGUGUUCUUUAAUCUUUGAAAUUGCUUCACAGUUUUAUUCUGAAAGGACAGAAGCACGCUCCCUCCUCCACCUCCUUUUUAUUGUUUCUUAAUAAAAAGAAUUAAAAUAUCUGA